AUGCCAGUCGGGCGGAGACGCGACGUGCUGCCGAGCGGCCAGCAGAGGGCGGCAGCGGGAGGGCGGAGAAAGGGCGUGUUGCCGAGCGGCCAGCAGAGGGCGGCGGCGGGAGGGAGGAGAAAGGGCGUGUUGCCGAGCGGCCAGCAGAGGGCGGCGGCGGGAGGGCGGAGAAAGGGCGUGUUGCCGAGCGGCCAGCAGAGGGCGGCGGCGGGAGGGCGGAGAAAGGGCGUAGGGCGGCAGCGCGGGGCGGGGGGGAGGGCGGAGAAAGGGCGUGUUGCUGAGCGGUCAGCAGAGGGCGGCAGCAGCAGCGGCGGCGGCGGGGUGGGGAGACGCGUUUUUCCGGGCGACCAGGAGAGGGCGGCAGCAGCGGCGGCGGCGGCGGCGGCGGCGGCGGGGUGGGGCGCAGACCCAGGGAUCCCCGGCCCUCCCGCCGCCGCCGCCGCCGCCGCCGCCGCCGCCACAGCGCCCCCCCCGCGCUCCCAGCCCGCCCCGGUUCCGGGGGUCGCGGGGCAGCAGGGGCUGCACACCUGCCGCUGCAGACGCACCAAGCAGCCCCCCGGGACGGGCCGGGCAGGCCUGCCCCGUCUCCCUCCGGCGGAACGGGGAGAGCUGCGAAGGUCCCGGCCGGGGUCCCCGCUCGAGGAAGAGAAAGGAGCAACGGAGCGAAGCAAGGGUGUUGAGGAAGGAGCCGGCCCGCGGGGCUCCUCACACGGCCUCCUAGAGCUCCAACCCUGCCCGGCCCCUCCGGCCUCCGGGAUGGAGAGCGAGCCGGCGAGGGGCUGGGGGUUUCCCGGGACGAUGGCGCGCCGCUCCCGCCCCGAAGCCGGCAGCGGCCCCAGAAGGUGGCAGAAAGUCCUGUACGAGCGGCAGCCCUUCCCCGAUAACUACGUGGACCAGAGGUUCCUGGAGGAGCUGCGGAAGAACGUCUCCGCCCGGAAGUACCGGUACCGGGCGGUGGUGUUCGAGUCGGGCGUGGUGAUCCAGCAGCUCUGCAGCGUCUGCGUCUUCGUCGUCAUCUGGUGGUACAUGGACGAGGGCCUGCUGGCCCCGCAGUGGCUCUUUGGGGCCGGGCUGGCCUCCUCCCUGCUGGGCUACGCCUUGUUCGACCUGAUCGACGGCGGCGCCGGGCGGAGGGAGAGCGGGCGCACCCGCUGGGCCGACCUGAAGAGCGCCUCGGUGUUCGUCGCCUUCACCUACGGCUUCUCCCCGGUGCUGAAGACCCUCACCGAGUCCGUCAGCACCGACACCACCUACGCCAUGUCGGUCUUCAUGCUGCUCGGCCACCUCAUCUUCUUCGACUACGGCGCCAACGCCGCCAUCGUGUCCAGCACCCUGUCGCUGAACAUGGCCAUCUUUGCCUCCGUCUGCCUGGCCUCCCGGCUGCCCCGCUCGCUGCACGCCUUCGUCAUGGUGACGUUCGCCAUCCAGAUCUUCGCCCUGUGGCCCAUGCUGCAGAAGAAGCUGAAGGCCCGCGCGCCCCCGGCCUACGUGGCGAUCACCCUGCUCUUUGCCCUCUCGUCCUUGGCGGGCCUGCUGACCAUCAGCGCCGUGGGGGCCGUCCUCUUCGCCCUCUUCCUACUUGCCAUCUCCUGCCUCUGCCCUUAUUACCUUAUCCGCCUGCAGCUCUUCAAAGAAAACAUUCACGGACCGUGGGAUGAGGCUGAAAUCAAAGAGGACCUUUCUCGGUUCCUCACCUAGAUGGGCUGAGGAGGAAGGGAGGACGUUGGUGAGGGGAGGAGGCUGGGAAGCCACAGGGAGAGAGGCUAAUGGAGUCGCAGGCCAAAGAAGAAAACAGAAAGGGGUUGACAAAGGGAGAGGUGGCCCGGCAUUGUUGGAAAAGACUUGUUCUUUCCUCCACAGGGCACCAGACCCUUCCAGCUGCUCUCUCGGGCUUUCAGGUUUGCUUGGGUGAAUAAAGAUGUGCGGUUUGUGAGAAAGAAUAUCACAUUUCUUGGGUCUGC